UUCUCACUUACAUCUCUAUUCUCCCAAUCACACUUUCUAACCACCGUAAAUUCCUCGAAGACAAUACUAGAAAGAUGGUCUUCGGCCCCCCCAAAACGGCGGGCAAACUGUCACCCAUCCCCGACAGCAUCUCACUCGCCGAGUUCAUGCUUACCGAUCUCCACGGCCGCAAUCCCCUUGGCUACUCGCAGAACCCUUUUACGUGUGGAGUCACCGGAAAGACCUACCCCUGGCUGGAUGUGGUAGAUCGCGUUGAACACCUGGCGCGCUCGCUCUCCAAUCGCUUCGACUGGAAGCCCAACGCAGGCAGCGAGUGGGACAAGACCCUGGCGAUUUUCAGUGUAAACACCAUCGAUACAUUAACGCUCUCCUGGGCUGUACAUCGACUGGGCGGAGUGGUCAGCCCCGCCAACGCGGCCUACUCAGCGGCGGAGUUGAAGUACCAGUUGCAGGACUCCAAGGCUACGGUGCUGUUCACUUGUUUGCCGCUGCUGAAGACGGCGCUCGAGGCUGCGGAUGCCGCCGGCCUGUCCCGGGAUCGCAUCUUCCUGCUCGAGGUGCCGCAGCAACUCACCCCGGGAGUCAAGGCCCCCGCGCAGUUCAAGACAGUCGAUCAAUUGAUCGAGGCGGGCAAAGCACUACCAAAGGUUGAGGCGCUGAAUUGGGGCCCCGGGGAGGGCGCCCGUCGGACGGCGUUCUUGUGCUAUUCGAGUGGGACGUCGGGGUUGCCGAAAGGCGUCAUGGUCUCACACCGCAAUGUGAUCGCCAAUGUGCUACAGAUCAAAGCCUUCGAGCAGGAUUACCGCGACUCGCGCAAGGAUCCCGGCACGCAAGGGGAGCCCACCGACGUUGUCAUGUGUUUACUGCCCCAGAGCCACAUUUACUCCCUCGUCGUGAUGUGCCACGCGGGUCCGUGGAGAGGCGACAAAGUGGUGGUUCUGCCCAGGUUUGAGCUUGACUCGUUCUUGGCCUGCAUACAGGAUUUCAAGAUCACCUCGUUGUUCGUGGUCCCUCCCAUCCUCAUCAAUAUGAUCCGCAAUGCAGAGACGUGCGCCAAGUACGAUCUCAGUGCCGUCAAGUCGGUCUUCACUGGUGCCGCGCCGCUGGGGAUGGAAACUGCCGAAGACUUCCAGAAGCUCUACCCUAAGGUGACGAUACGACAAGGAUACGGUCUAACGGAGACGUCGACGGUCGUCACCUCCACGCAUCCGUGGGAUGUAUGGUUCGGGUCCUCGGGCACAAUCCUGCCGGGCGUGGAAGCCCGGAUCGUGACCCCCGAGGGCGAGGAGAUUACCAGCUACGAGACCCCUGGCGAGCUUGUCGUGCGCAGCCCCAGCGUGGUCCUGGGCUAUCUGAACAACGACACAGCCACCAAGGAAACGUUCAAAGACGGCUGGAUGUAUACCGGAGACGAAGCCGUGAUCCGUUUGAGCCCCAAGAAGACCGAACACGUCUUCAUCGUCGAUCGCAUCAAGGAAUUGAUCAAGGUCAAGGGACUACAAGUCGCGCCCGCCGAACUAGAGGCUCAUCUUUUGACCCAUCCCGCUGUGGCGGAUUGUGCGGUCAUCGCGAUCCCCGACGAUGCCGCUGGCGAGGUACCCAAGGCGAUUGUGGUGAAGUCGCCGUCCGCAACGGGCAGUGACGAGGAGGUGAUCCAGUCUAUCAAGAAGCACGUGGAAGACCACAAAGCCCGGCACAAAUGGCUGAAGGGUGGUGUGCGCUUCCUCGAUGUCAUUCCUAAGAGCCCGAGCGGCAAGAUUCUGCGUCGUUUGCUGCGAGACCAGGAGAAGGAGGCCCGGAGACAGGCUGGCUCGAGACUUUAGGCAUCGUUUGGAAGACGCGAAGAGUGUGGCGGACUCAGAUGGAAGGUCUGCGAGACAGACCUUUCUAUACAUUUAUAGGUAUAUAUUGAAUUUGUGUAGAUAGUGAACGCGAUAUAGUAGAUAGCAGUGGAAUGACC